AUGCGGACAGCUAGCGGUCUUCUGAGGGCAGCAUUUGCUCUGUCCAUUCCGAGCGUCCAGGCAACAAUUCAUGACUACACCACUGCCGAAGCCGGCAAUCCUUUCGUAGAUGGAUGGUAUGCUGAUCCCGAUACGGAAAUUUAUAACGGACUUUACUGGGUUUAUCCAACAUCUUCAUAUCCGUAUGACGAACAAACGUAUCUCGACGCGUUCUCAUCACCCGAUCUCAUAAAGUGGACCAAACACUCGAAUAUUCUGACGACUGCUGAUUUCAGCUGGGCCACAAGAGCAGUGUGGGCGCCUGCACCAAUCAGUCGAAAUGGAAAGUACUACCUCUACUUUGGCGCAAAUGACAUCCAAACAGACAGUGAGCUUGGCGGCAUAGGUGUAGGUAUAUCCGACAAUCCAGAGGGCCCCUACCUUGAUGCUAUUGGGGAGCCCUUGAUUGGGGCUUACCACAAUGGAGCACAACCGAUUGACCAAGACGUCUUCAUUGAUGACGAUGGUCAAGCAUACAUCUAUUAUGGCGGACACUCGCACGCCAACGUUGCGUUACUCAAUGAGGACAUGAUUAGCAUUGGCACAUUUCCGGAUGGGGAUCAGUUCAAGGAAAUUACACCUACGAAUUAUGUUGAAGGUGCCCAGAUGUUCAAGAGGAAUGGAACAUACUACAUGAUGUGGUCUGAGGGCGGUUGGACGGGGCCGGACUACGCUGUCUCAUACGCCAUGUCAGAUUCACCCAUCGGGCCUUUUACACGCCUGGCCAAGAUAUUACAGCAAGACUCGACCGUUGCGACUGGAUCAGGACACAAUGGUGUUAUCAAUGUACCUGGGACAGAUAUCUGGUAUAUUGUGUACCACCGGCGGCCUUUAAGUGAGACUGAUGGCAAUCACCGGGUUGUUUGUUACGAUCGGAUGUAUUUCAAUAGCGAUGGGACGAUCCAGCCUGUCACCAUGUUGGUGAAGGACAACUUUGAAGAUGGUAACAUGAUUGGUUGGAAGACCUACGGCGGGUCAUGGUCCGUUGUCGAUGGUCAAUUCAGUGCAGGAUCCUCGACAGGCGGAAAGGCGCUUCUUGACACCAACUUCACUGAAGUUGUGGUUGACACGGAUAUUACAAUCACUUCCGGUACUGGAGAUGCUGGAAUAGUCUUUCGUGCUACUUCCCCAAGCACGGGUGUGGACUCUUACGAUGGGUAUUACGCUGGCAUUAGUACUACUGGCAACGUAGUUCUCGGCAAAGCAAAUGGAGGUUGGACAUCACUGGGUAGUGCAAGCGUUCCUGUCGUCUCAGGCACACAGGUACACCUGCGUAUCAGUGCUGUUGACAGUACUAUCAACGUGUACGUCGGUGACAUGGGCACUCCGAAAAUUACGGUUACAGAUAAUACAUAUGUGUCGGGCAUGGAUGGUGUUCGUGUCUAUCAGACAUCUGCCACCUUUGACAACGUUUCAGUGGCGAAGGCGUGA